ACAAAUCAACCCAGAGCCAAGCGGAGGAAAAGGCGAUCGAGGAACAAACAGCUCUUGGCGAAGCCUCUUUGUGGGAGAUGUGGAGCUUCAUCUCAGGCCACCCCCCUCCCAUGAUAUUUGUGUGACCUUUUAGCAUGUUCAAAUGCCCCAUUGAUUUUUAUAUCACCCUAUAGAACAACAUAGGGUGCAUUACGCUGUAGAAUAAAUGCAGCCUGACACUACUGCCAUGACUCAAUCCGGCAGUUGUAGUUUCACCAGGUCUUUAGCCUUCUCUGCCUUAGAAUGUAGGAUAAGGGUACUUUGACCCAACUUGAACUGCCAGGACUCAGUUCUAUUAAAUCAUGAGAUUUGUGGGUUUAUGGGGUUUUUAAACCUCUGCCAAAGAGUGCUGGGGCCCCAACUAAACCAAACCUUCAAUAGCAUUAAAAAGUAGUGACAAACUGAAUUAAUUUUACAGUGUAGAUGCAAAGCUAAAAUCCAUUGCCACCCCAUCCCCCAAUAGUUUUGCUGUUCAGUAGUGGUUCCCAACCUGUAGGCCGCAGUCCACUGGUAGGCUGUGAGACCUAAAAUAUGGCCCUUGAGACAUGCAGGGAAAAUUGGUGCCAAGGCCUAUUCCUGGGGUUAUUUGGGGUGAUGAUUCAGAAAAUUGCAUUGGAUAGACCACAUCAGCUCUAGAUUAUUAAAUAUGGUUUUCUGUGGGUAAGCAGAUGGCAACUACUGGAUGGCAUAUGUUCUGUAUCAGAAACUAGAGCUGAUGUGGUCUAUCCAAUGCAAUUUUCUGAUUCAGCACUCCAAAUAACCAAACCCAAUCUAAAGUUAACCAAAAACUGAUUCAUAUCUCCUUUGGUACUAAUGUUAGAGGGUGGUCCCUGGUCAAAGUGGUCUCUGGUCAAAAAAAGGUUGGGAACCACUGAUUUACUGUCUCAGAUUCUCCUGCUCAGUGCUUUUAAAUCAAGCUUCUGCAAUGUUCAGUGCUUUAGGAAAAAUGGUGCUUGGCCAGUAUUUUUUAAAAAUCCUCUUAAAAUGCCAAUCUUGACUUAGGAUGUAUCUACAGUUGUAGAAUUAAUGUCCUUGGGUACUGCUUUCACUGCCAUGGCUCAGUGCUAUGGAAUCAUAGGAGUUGUAGUUUUGCAAGGUCUUCAGCCUUCUUUGAGGAAGAGUGCUGGUGCCUGACAAAACCACAAAUCCCAGGAUUGCAUAGGAGAGAGUCAUGACAGUUAAGGUAGUGUCAAACUGCAUUCAUUCCUCAGAAAGGGAUGUUUGGGUUGAAUUUCUUCAGACAUCUACCUAGGACUCCAGAUCAACUUUACCAAAAUAAUAACCCACGUUUCUAGCCUCAGAAGAAGCUGCGGUCUUUGGGAGGAAAAGGAGAGCGUCAGAAAAGGCAAACGAGGCAGAAAAGUAGCCACUGUUUUGACUCUUGAAAGGAGGAGGAGGAAGAGGAGUGACUGACAUUUCCCAUCCGGUGUGAUCUGUAUGUAUGGAGGCUUUACUCCUUUAAAAAAAAUUGGUGUUUUUUUUUUGGUUGCUCAAAUGAAAUGAUGGGAGGAGAAGGAGAAAGACGGGGAUCGACCUCGUUCGCUGCACAAUGAGAAAGCGACGACCGGCGCAAUAAAAACCACCAGCAGCUUUUUGCUUGCUCUCUCUCGUUUUGUCAUCCUCUAAAAAACAAACACACCACCCAAACCAACCCGGCAGCCAGCGAGAAAGUUGCGCUUGGAGAGACUUUGAUCUUGGAAAAAAGCGAGUAAAAGGGGGGCUUGAAGAAGAAGGAAGCGCGUCUGGCCGUUGGCUCCCUUCGCCUCCAAGACGCAGGAGAGAAAUCCUUAAGGAAGAAGGGUGGAGGGAAGAGAAGAAGAAGAAGCAGGGAAGGAAGAGAGAGAGAAAGAGGGAGGGAGGAAAGGAGAAGACGACAGACAUAAAGAGGGAGGAAAGAAGAAGACGAGAUCCCAAAGGCGACGGAUUUGGAGCUGCCAACCUCCACCUGGUCCAUCUCUUCUAAGGCGAGUAAGAAGCCAAGCGCGCCUCAACCCACAGAUUUGUUUUGGCCAGGAACUUUUUGAAGAAAUUUCUAAAAGCCACCAACAAAAGAAGAAGGGAAAGCAUUACGGACGCGUGCUUGUGUGUGUGUUUGGGCUGUGUGUGUUGUUGUUAUUUCUUUUUUUAAAGGGAGCAUCGGAAGGUCAAGAGACCAGUCUCGUCAAUGAAAACAUUGCCUGAGCGAGUUGGUGGCGGAGCGGCGGUGGCAGAGGCUUCGACCCCUGGCCUCGCCGUGCCCGAACGAGGGGUCCCCUCGUCCCCAACUCGCCGCCUUCUGCUCGUCCUCAGCCUCCACCCGGGCCAAAAGCCCCAGCUUCCGGGAGCAGAGCCCGGCAAACUUUGGGCCCCCGCCUCGCUUUGGACCCGAGGCGCAAUGAGAAGUUGAAGCAGAAGGAGAAGAGCCACGGCUUGGUGCUGGUUGCGCGCUUCGCUCCUGAUUUCCCCCCUUCUGUCUCUCAGUACCGUGUGUGUGUGUUCCUGCAUGAAAAGAGUGGGGAUUGGAAGAGUCCUGUGCGGAAACUCUCCAGCGGCGGCGGAGGAGGAGGAGGGAGGAGGAGGAGGGCGGCUGAAGAGACGGCGGCAACACCAGCAUGCCGAGGAGAAAGCAGCAAGCUCCCCGGCGCUCUGCAGCUUAUGUUCCUGAGGAAGAAUUGAAAGCAGCAGAAAUUGAUGAAGACAGCGUGGAGGAUGAUGGGCUACCCCUGGACAUCCAGGAAACAGAGUACACGUGCAAUGAUGAAACAGAGAUCAAAGAGGCUCAGAGUUACCAGAACUCCCCUGUCAGCACAGCAACAAACCAAGAUGCAGGUUACGGCUCGCCAUUUAGUGAAAACAGUGACCAACUGGCUCUUUUCAAAAGCACUUCCUCCAAAGAAGAGAAGGAAGAUCCGUGCUUGGACAAUGCUUCCUACCCACAGGACAGCUUGUCACAAAUAAAAGCUGUAUAUGCAAAUUUAUUAUCAGAGUCUUGCUGGUCCAGUUUAGCCUUGGAUUUAAAGAAAUCUAAAAGUAAUGAAAACAGUCAAAAGGAAAAUACCACUGACAGCAACAGCCCUAAUAACAACACCCCAAGUACAUGCACCAAUACCAACGCUAGUACCACUACAAGUAUCAGUAGUACUAGCAGCAGUAAUAGCGGUGGCUCAGGUUAUGACUGGCAUCAAGCAGCAUUGGCCAAAACUCUGCAACAGACCUCAUACGGACUUCUCCCAGAACCUAGUCUAUUCAGCACAGUGCAGCUUUAUCGACAAAACAAUAAAUUGUAUGGUUCUGUGUUUACUGGUGCCAGUAAGUUUCGGUGCAAAGACUGCAGUGGAGCAUAUGACACACUGGUGGAGCUCACAGUGCACAUGAAUGAAACUGGACAUUACCGAGAUGACAACCGAGAUAAAGAAGCUGAAAAAACCAAACGGUGGUCGAAACCCAGAAAACGAUCACUUAUGGAAAUGGAAGGCAAAGAGGAUGCCCAGAAAGUGCUGAAGUGCAUGUACUGUGGCCAUUCUUUUGAAUCCUUGCAGGACUUGAGUGUCCAUAUGAUCAAAACAAAGCAUUACCAGAAAGUGCCUCUGAAGGAGCCAGUACCAGCCAUCACCAAACUGGUGCCUUCUACCAAAAAGCGAGCACUUCAGGACUUAGCUUCACCUUGCUCACCUGAGCCAACAGUAGUCACUUCGGAGUCCUCACUUAGUGAGGCUGCAAAGGAUCAGAAAAUCGCCAACCCCUAUGUGACUCCAAACAACCGCUAUGGCUAUCAAAAUGGUGCUAGCUACACUUGGCAGUUUGAGGCCCGCAAAGCCCAAAUUCUAAAAUGCAUGGAAUGUGGCAGUUCUCAUGACACUUUGCAGCAGCUGACUGCUCACAUGAUGGUCACAGGACAUUUUUUGAAGGUCACUAAUUCUGCCUCCAAAAAAGGAAAGCAGCUCGUACUCGAUCCUGUGGUAGAAGAAAAGAUACAGUCUAUACCUUUACCACCCACCACCCAUACUAGAUUACCAGUUGCAAAUGUAAAAAAGCAGCCUGAUUCCCCUGCUGGAUCUACAACAUCUGAAGAAAAGAAGGAGCCAGAAAAGGAAAAAGUAGUUGUUGCUGAAACAGAGAGAAAAAUUAAAGAAGAGAAUGAGGACUCUUCUGAAAAAUUUGAAGCAACAACGGUGUAUCAGUACCUCAGAGAAGAAGAUCUAGAUGAAAGUCCUAAAGGUGGGAUAGAUAUCUUGAAGUCUCUGGAAAAUACAGUGACAACAGCUAUAAGCAAGGCUCAGAAUGGGGCCCCAUCUUGGGGAGGGUACCCCAGUAUCCACGCAGCGUACCAACUUCCAGGGACUGUUAAAUCCAGCCAGCCAGCUGUGCAGAGUGUUCAGAUGCAGCCAUCUUAUGCGAGCAGUGUAAAAUCACUGUCUUCAGAACACAGUGCACUGAUCCAUUCACCAGGCAAUCUGACACCUCCGCCUCACAAAAGCAACGUCUCUGCGAUGGAAGAGCUAGUGGAGAAAGUCACAGGCAAAAUCAGUAUCAAAAAAGAAGAAAAAACUGUGGAGAAAGAGAAAUGUUCUCCAGUCAAGCCAUUGUCACCUGCUGCUAAGGAGAACAAAGACUUCCCUAAAUCAGAGGAACCCAAGCAGCAGCCACAGCCACCGCCACCAACACAAAAAAAGAGUCCUGAAACAGAGGUUCAGAAAGUCAAAAAGGAUGGUCCAGCAGAUUCUCCUGCACUUAAUGGUACUGAGCCACCUAAAACAAAAGUCACCAAUGGCUGUAAUAAUUUGGGUAUCAUCACAGACCAUUCGCCUGAGCCAUCUUUCAUUAACCCCUUAAGCGCUUUACAGUCCAUUAUGAAUACCCACUUAGGUAAGGUUUCUAAUCCUGCAAGUCCUUCUUUGGAUCCAUUGGCCAUGUUGUAUAAAAUUAGCAACAGUAUGUUGGACAAACCCAUUUACCCAACAACUCCGGCCAAGCAAGCUGAUGCAAUUGACAGGUAUUACUAUGAAAACAGUGACCAGCCUAUUGAUUUAACCAAGUCCAAAAACAAGCCUCUGGUUUCCAGUGUGACUGAUUCUGUCUCAUCUCCUCUAAGGGAAAGUGCCCUCAUGGAUAUUUCUGACAUGGUGAAGAACCUCACAGGGCGUUUGACUCCCAAGUCUUCAACUCCAUCUUCUGUUUCAGAAAAAUCUGAUGCAGAUGGAAGUAGCUUUGAGGAAGCUCUGGAUGAACUGUCCCCAGUACACAAGAGGAAAGGUAGACAAUCUAACUGGAACCCUCAGCAUCUUCUGAUCCUUCAAGCCCAGUUUGCUUCAAGCUUGAGGGAGACUCCUGAAGGCAAAUACAUUAUGUCGGACCUAGGCCCUCAGGAGCGGGUACAUAUCUCUAAGUUUACUGGUCUUUCCAUGACCACAAUUAGCCACUGGCUGGCCAAUGUGAAAUAUCAAUUAAGAAGGACAGGUGGAACUAAGUUUUUAAAGAAUUUGGAUACAGGUCAUCCUGUUUUCUUUUGCAAUGAUUGUGCCUCUCAAUUCAGGACUGCUUCUACAUACAUAAGUCACUUGGAGACACAUUUAGGUUUUAGUUUAAAGGACCUGUCCAAAUUGCCACUAAAUCAGAUUCAAGAACAGCAGAAUGUUUCAAAAGUCCUCUCAAAUAAGACUUUAGGCACACUUGGAAUUGCUGAGGAGGACUCAGGUUCUACAUUCCAGUGUAAGCUGUGUAACCGAACUUUUGCAAGCAAGCACGCAGUAAAGCUGCACCUUAGUAAAACACAUGGCAAGUCUCCUGAGGACCAUCUGAUCUAUGUUACUGAGUUAGAAAAACAUUAGUGUCCAGGUAAGCAGCCAGGUAUGCAAGUGACCACAGGAACAUUGCACUAAACUUCUUCAUAGUACUGCACUAGGCCUGACCUGAGCCUCUGAAAUCAGUCUUACUUUUGUUGCUGAACUGCCUAUCUGGACCUUGGUUUUUCUUACAUACAUUUUGUAGUUAUAUUUAUAUGCUCUUUGUCUGAUAUGUGCAUGUUUUUUUAAACCCUCUUUUCUUUCCUUUCCUUUUUCUGUGAGUCAAAGUCUGACCUUUAUUUUCAACAUCUGUCCUUGAUGUUAACCUAUCUUUUGUAGAAUAUAGUGGGAGACACUAUUGAGAGACGUUAAUUUAGCCGUAAAGAAAGGCACAAAGAACAAUAACAAAAAGACAUCCUAAAAUUACAAAGUUGCCAUGACAAUAAAGGUCACAGAAUCCCGUAGUGUCAGUUUUUAACCCUUUGAGGAUAGUAAUAGCAUUUCUGUGCCUUUCCCAAAAGAAGAUUUUAAAGGCAUUUUAUCCUAAUAGAGCUGGGUCAAAAACAAAAUAUACAUGUAAUAUUUUUUAAAAUGUCAGAAAAGACUUUAAAACACAUUCUGAUUGUGAAGAAUUGGUGCAAGCAGCUCUUUAACAAUGAUGAAAAUCUAUUAAGUGCUCAAGGGGUUAGAAAACCAUAACUACGUUAAAAAAUAGAAAUAACCCAUAUUUCCACAAUGCCCAAACCCUCAGAUGCUGAAAAUUGCCAUGUGGUUGGCAAAAAAAGUAUGCAAGUUAUUUAAAAUAUGUAAAAAUGCUAUUUCUUUUUCCUGUAAAAUAUUGCAGUUUAUAAUUAUUUACAAAUGUAAGCUUUGGUACAAGCUGACCUUUCUAUAGUGUGCUGCACUGGUACAUGAAAAUGAAACAAAUGAAAAAUGAGGCAAGUGUUGGAUUCAGUUCCUUGUAAAUUGCCAGCAUCAGCAUAGAAAAAAAAGUACAUGUUACAUAUUGUACCAUUUUAAACUGUUCAACUUCCUUUCUACCUUCUGGCUGUUUGCUUUCUCUUUUAACUUUUUAUAUUGUCAUUUUAUAUUCAAUUUCUGUGUAUAUAAUGUAAAACCACACUUUUUUGAAUAAAAUUUAGUUCCUGCAGCUUGAGUUAAAUAGAGAAAUUUUACUGGCACCUGCAUCUUCCCAGAUGCAUGUACUCAAAGGAACUAUCUGACAAAAUAAAUAAAUAAAAAUAAAGCGAGCAAUGCACUAUGAAUUAUACAUUUUGAUGUUUUAUCAUUAAUAUUGUACAGUACAUUUUUGGUCCACACAAUUAAAUCCACUGUUUUCUCAAGUGUAAAAUAAAUCCACAAGAAGUUCUUGAUUUA